AAGAGAAAGAAAAGAAAACUUUUGUUACUUUCCUUUUUUGCUUGUCACUUAUAUACAGGCUAUGUGAGAAUAUAAUUUGUAGGUAUAACACAUUAAAAAAAAGUUAUCUUCAUUGGAUAGAAUUGAAUGGUGGUCGCUGAUAGGAAUAGGGCGUCCUCUAUCUCUUUUCUCUGUCUCUUACUCUUUUCUCUUUCUCUUUUUCUCUGUCAUGAGACUGUGUGUGACAGGGCCACCUGUCUUAUUUUUUUUUUUCUUAUUUUUUUUUUUUUCUUAUGUGUAGGUGCAUGUCUUGGGGAUUUAAAAAUUUCAAGGCUGGUUUACUUAUGCAAAGCAUGCCUACGUCUGGAAUACUUAGGGAAAGAAAGCGACUCCAUGUUGUCCGAAUUCCUCAAGGGACAGAAAAAAAAUUGGAGACUGUUGAAAUGCAGAUUUGAAGUAAUUUUUUUAAAAUAUUAUUUUGGGUUCUGCGACAUUGUGAAAAAUUAAAGUUGUUGUGCAAUACUUAAUUCAGACAUGUACCACAAGUUAAUGGUAGACUAACACUGGGGGGUGGGGUCUAGGCAUCAUGCUUUUGUCAGCAUACUCUUGAGCUUUUAAGUCUACUAUGUCUGAACUGUGGUUUCUUGUUUAUCCUUUUUUCCUUAGUUGGACUGUAAUGUAUGGUCUGUCAACCUGUGAAUCUUUAAAGUAUGAUUCAGGUAUUGUUGUAUUCUUUACUGUGUAAUAAAAAAGUUGAAAAAAAUCUGGAUCCUCUGUCUCCCUCGUCCUCGGUGUGCCAUGGUCGCCCACCCAGUGACCCCACCUGGGGAGUCCAUCCUCCAUGGUGCUGAAUCAAAUCUGUAGAGUUUAUUUAGCUACAAAGCGUGCCUCUGUAACAGGAGUUGGCUUAUCCAUGCGUGUUGAGUAGGCAGUGAUGUCAGAACUAUGCAAAAGUCGAGCUCAUUCAUAGGAGAUGUUUCUCAGGCAGGAGUCGGAAGAGUGGGAGGAGAAUUACGACCUUCCAUAGGAAAGGAGAGCUUCGCUUGCCUAGAUUAGCUGCUGCAUAGACAGCAGAGGCCCUUUUGGCUGUGUUUUGAUAAAAUUAGGAGUACCUAAAUCUGGAUCACUCUGCUCAGAGAGGUGCAUGCCAACCUCAUGAGGCUCUGACUCUUGGCAGGUUGCUUGACUCCCUUGUGCAUACGCGAAUGGCAGAUCUGCUGACAUGACACAGAGCUGCUCUAUCUGCCUUGUCCCCUUCCUCUAAUUAAAAGUCGCUAGCAGUGUCACUCUUGGUUGGUUAUGUAGUUAAUAUCCGCUGUGGCUAUCUCCAACUUGCUGGGACAUCCAGUUAUCCCCUCUGACACAUAUUUUUUCGUUCUCUAGUUACAAAGUUGGUUAGAGUUUGAAAACCAAACCGUUCUCCCCUACUCUGUAAAUGCUGUUAAUUUUUAUGUAUAGUUUUCGAAACACAGAUUAAGUAUCUUAUAUACUGUGUUGUAGCAGAAAUUCCCAUUUCCUCUGAAUGUUCUAACUUUAUAGGCCAAAAUAAUCGUUGCAAAAAAUCAAGGAUGACACAGCAGGUGCAAGAGCCAUGUCUGGAGAAAGGUCACGAAGGUGAAUGCUGGUUACAUGGGAGGGUGACUUGGAGCCCUUCAGUUUCCUUCUUGUGCCACCUGGGUCCCUGUUUCAAGGCUGGGCUUCUCUAACUUGUCGUCGUGGGAAAUGUAGCUUUUCCAAUAACUUGGUAGUGCACACCAGGAAAAAAUAUCAGAACAGUUUUUUUUUUUUUUUUAAAUAGUGGAAACACCCUCACUCCCAUGCUUUGGACAGUUAGGGUUGGAUAUUUAAUUUCAUAGUUAUUUGUUUUUUUUUUUUCCAAAGAAGAAAGGCUAGCCUGACCCAAGUUGCCUAUUUUUAAUGUGAUAAUGCAUCUUAUUUUCUCUUCAAAGUGAAAAAGGCCAGAAACUAGCAGAUAGAAAUGGAAGCCAUUGACGUAGUUCCCUUAUAAGAAGUUACUGCAAACGCCUCUGUGACGUUUCAUUCAAGUGGAUAUGUUGGACAAAUAGGAAACAGUUUUAUUUUACGCAAACAAUAUGAGACUUCUAGGUGGUGGACGCCAUUUUUUUAGAAGUGUUAAUGAUGUAUUUGAUAACAUUAUAAAAGGAUGUGUCUCCCAUGAAAGAACAUUUAGCUAUUUCCCUGGAAUGGAUGGGGAAGAAAUGAGCAAAGAAGUGCUGUUCUGUAUGGGUGUCUAUACCCUUAUUCCAAGGUGAAUAAAUAAAGUUGUGUUUGCC